AUGGAGUUUCCGCAAUCUGACUUGUUUUUCCAAACGAUUACUAAUAAUUUCGGCAAAGGUUACACGACAUUGUUGAAGUCAUGGAUUAAUAAUAAAAGGAAGAUCUGCACUGCCAAUCAACAACUCAUUUUCUUACUUCGAUGCAGGAGAUAUGACUUAGUUCCGUCACACAUUAGCAAGUUAAAGAUCAACAUCAAGUUUUGUAGCAGUCGCGUUAAUCGCAUUUUUGAGAAAACCAAGACGAGAUAUCGUUAUACAUUAUUGAAUCUUGAAAUUAAGGAUCUUAAUUCCAAAUAUGACACAUCUUUGAAUCCUUUUAACAAUAUUGACAAAACCGGAUGGUUGAUUAACAUUAGUAAUAAAAACAUUCCUGAUCGAGUGUCUGAACUUUUGAGUCUUGGUGACAAUUUUGGAUUACCGCUACUUCAGUCUCACGCGAAAGAUCGUGUUAACGUUGUUCUUGAGACCUUGAAGAACUUGGAAAUUAAUUACAACCGCAUCCCUGUUACCGUUAUUGCAAGUACCAGAAAUUCUGUCGCUAAUUCUCUCAAUAGAUUUCUUUGUGAGAAAAGGCAUGUCAACUGUAUAGACAGAUAUGUUCUAGGAAGCCUCUCUCUUUGCAAACAAUUCUUGCACAACAACGACGAUCUGUUUGUCACCAGGGCUGAUAAGGGUCAGGUCACUGUGGUGAUGAAUAAGACUGAUUAUGUGGAAAAAAUGGAGGCACUUCUGAAUGAUCAAUCCACCUACAGGAAAUUGAAUAAGGAUCCGAUCAGAAAAUUAACUAAUAAAAUCAAUACUAUUGUAAAAUCGUGGCGUAGCAAUGAUCUUAUAAAUGAGUCUACAUAUAAAAAAUUGAACUCUACGAAUGGUAAUUUACCACGGUGUUAUGGUUUACCAAAAAUUCACAAGUCUGGUUUUCCAAUGCGAAUUAUUGUGUCAUCGAUCGGUAGUCCCGUAUACAACGUCGCGCAAUACAUCCAUGACAUAUUGAAGAUUUCGAUCUUGGAACCUAAAUCUCACAUCAAGGAUGGUUGGACGUUUGCUAAUUAUUUAAAAGGCAAAAUUAUUAGAGAUGACGAAAUAAUGAUUUCUCUCGAUGUCACUGCAUUGUUCACAAAUAUUCCCAAGGAUUUGGUUGUGAGUGCUGUCACUAAACGUUGGAAUCACAUCGCGCCUAAUACGAAAUUUAACUUAUCACAGUUUUUAUACGUGAUUGAAAUGAUUUUGGACUCUACUAGUUUUACAUUCAACGGACAGUUUUACGAACAGAUUUUUGGUAGUCCUAUGGGUUCUCCUCUGUCACCUAUCUUGGCCGAUAUUGUGAUGGAUGACUUGGAAACACAUUGUUUGAGUCUGCUGGAUUUCAAUGUGCCGGUUUAUUACAGAUAUGUUGAUGACAUUUUUACCAUUGUUCCACGCUCUAAAGUGGAAAUGAUAAAAUCGACCUUUAAUAAUUAUCAUCAACGCUUGGCUUUUACGCAUGAAAUUGAAUGUGAUUCUUGUAUCAGCUUUCUCGACACGGUUGUUAUUCGAUCUGAUGGUUGUCUUCUAACCGAUUGGUUUAGGAAACCCACUUGUUCUAACAGAUUUAUUAAUUUUCAUUCUAAACAUCCGAUGAAAUACAAAUUGAACACCAUUUACAGUCUUGUUGACCGCGCUAUAUUAUUGGCUGAUUCUCAAUUUCAUGCGAAGAACAUUGAUACUGUUAAGCGGAUUCUUUCCAACAAUUGUUUUCCGAGCCAAAUCAUUAACCGUUAUGUGCAAAAAAGACUACAAUUCUUGAAACAUCGUGAUAAUGCCAAUAUUGAUAAUGAAUGUGACAAUGCAGUGGCAUCUUCGUACAUUUCUUUGCCGUUCGUUGAUGGCAAAAACGUGAAUUUGAUCACGUUUUUAAAAACAUAG